ACACCAGCUAAAGGCAAUUUGCGUUAGAUCUAAGGAAAGAGCGACGCAUAGGUUUUCAAGCAAAUUGUCUACGUCCAAAGAGAAUUAACGACGCGACGAACAAGUCGAUUUCAGUCUCCCUCUGUCCGACCGAUCGAGGAAAGUACGAACCAUGUUGAUCCAGACUUGUUGUUGAUCCACGAAGAGUCAUUUUGGGAACAUAAACUGAGUGAAUCGAAUGGACAAGAAAAAGAACCGUGCUGAUCCACUCGCUGCUGGGCGCCAGAAGCUUCAACAAUUUCGUCAAAAGAAGGCUGACAAAAGCACUGAUCAUAAAAAGGACCCCAAGGGCAGUACAAGCCAAGGAAAAUCCUCCAAAAAAUCUAGUAAAUCUGAGAAGCAUGAGCGUAAACCUGAAACAAGUGCUGUCUGUAACGAGGCAGAAGCUCCGUCAAAUGUGGCUGCAGGAGGAUCUACAUCUCAUCUGAAUAUUGGUGACGAGGUUGUUGAUUCUCCUCAAACUUCUGCAAAUGCAUCAGCUCACGAGUAUGUUUCAGUCCAUGGUUCAUCAUCAGAAACUGAUACACUUCAGCCAGGAAACACCUCAGCAACUUCUAAUACUGGAGCUGAACUUAAGAAAGAAGUAGGGAAUUCUGAAAAGGAUGUAAGUAUUUCGUUAUCCACUGAAGAAGAGAAUGUGAAGAGUAUCGACAGUGGAGUAGCUGGCACAGUUGAUUUGACAUCUGAACCUGCAGACACUCAGAUGGGAGUUACACAUGACGAUGCAUCUAUUAGUGUUGAAGGAAAUUUUCCUGUUUCUGCAAACUUAGCGGAGGGGGAAGGAGUUGAAGCUGAAAGUGGGUCUGGGAAUGUGGAAACGCCGCAUCAGCCAUCCUCUCUGCAUGAGUUUAUUCCUGAUGUUUCCUUGAUUCGUGCAAGGGGAGAUCAGGUAACUGAUGUAGGGGAAAUGCGGGAAGACGAUGGUUCACACAAGGAGGAUAGGAUUGUAACUGAAGAAACGCAAAUAAGCUAUCCAGCGAUUGUGGAUUCAUCUGCGUCUACUUCUCAUUAUUCAGAGGGACCCUCAGUUACAGUUGAUUCAGUUGAACCAGUAGGAGUAAAUGGCGAAGUUAGAAGCCAACAGACUGGGGAAGCUUCAGAGAAUACAGAAGAGAAACCAGAAACAUCUAUUGGUUUUCAUAAUAAUAGAGAUCACUUGUCGUCAGCUGAACCUGAGCAAAGCUCUGUUGCAGAUGUGGCUAGUCAGCUGCAAUUACCUGAGGGCGUCAGUAUAUCUGGAUUUUUGAGCCAUGACGAACCUCGUGAAAUGGACACAUUGAAUCAAUCUGGAGAAAUUGCUGCUCCUCAUGUUCAUGAAGGCAGCUCAGUUGGCUUCUUACAGCUUAUUGAUAUUGUACAGGGCCUUAGUCAAGAUGAAUAUCAAGUUUUGUGCAACGCAAGAGAGGCUGCUUCCAGUACUGAGCCAGGAACAACUCCGUUGGAGCGAUUAAGAGAAGAACUGACUGUUACGAGUACCAUGGAAAAUAUACUCCAUGUGCAACUCACAGAACAAUCUCAUCUACAAAACGACUUUGAUCAUCAACAUAACCAAUUGGUGGCUGAAAUGUCGCAGCUUCGUGCGUCAUAUAAUGCAGUAACAGAGAGGAAUAAUUCUCUUGUGGAGGAACUAUCAGAGUGCCAGUCUAAACUUUAUGCUGCCACAAGCUCAAAUAUGAAGCUUGAAAACCAGCUUCUUGCUACAGAGGCACAAGUGGAGGAUUUCACUGCUAAGAUGAAUGGGUUGCAGCUUAGUCUAGAAAAGUCCCUAUUGGAUCUAUCUGAGGCAAAAGAAAAGUUCAUCAAUCUUCAGGUGGAGAAUGAUACGUUGGUUGCAAUUAUUUCUGCUUGGAAUGAUGAGAAAAAGGAGCUUCUUGAAGAAAGAGAAUCCAAGAACUAUGAGAUUAAGCAUCUUUCAUCUGAGUUAAGCAGUUGCAAGAACUCAGCGACCAUACUAAAGGCAGAAGUUGAGAAAUUGGAAAAAACUAUUGGUCCAUUGACAGAUGAGAAGAUAAAUCUUGUCGAGGAAAAACAUAAUGUAUUGGGCGAGGCAGCGAAGUUACAGGAAGAAUUGGAAAAUUUCAAGACUUUGGUCACCUUGCAAGAAGUGGAAAAUUCAAACCUAAGGGAGACGCUUUCUUUACUGAAAGGCCAGCAGACUAAGCUUGAAGAGGAUAACCUACAUCGCACAGAAGAAAAUGAGAAAGCACAUCAAGAACUGAGUGCACACCUUAUCUCGGAGACUUAUCUAUUGUCUGAGUAUUCCAAUCUAAAGGAAGGGUACACUUUGUUGAAUAAUAAACUUUUGAAGUUUCAAGAGGAAAAGGAACAGUUGGUUGAGGACAAUGAUAAACUUACGCAUGAGCUUCUUACUCUUCAAGAGCACAUAUCUACUUUACAAGAAAAGCGGAGUCAUCUAGCAGUUGAGUUAGGAGAAGCAACAGCGCGCCUUGAUAAACUGGCUGAAGAAAAUACAUCUCUAAGUAGCAGCAUCGAAGUAGAAAAAGCUAGAUUGAUAGACAUUGGUGCCGAAGAUCCUUCAGGAUUGAUCAAUCAGGAAAUGUCUGAAACAUUUAGCAGAGGUAAACAGAAUGUCCCAUUUCUUGAUCAUACCUGCCAAAGUCCCGAGACACAGCAUAAAAAUUUGGAGGAGGUAGUGGACGAUUCUUUUGGGUUUUCUGCCUUGAACAAGAAUCUGGAGAAAGGGGAGAUAAUUGUUCAGAACCUUGAAGAGGCAAUUAAGCAGAUCCUCACCGAUUCUUCAUCGAGUAAGUCGAGCGAUAAAUCUUCUGCGCCAGCAGUAUCAAAAUUGAUUCAGGCUUUUGAGUCAAAGCAGCAACAGGAAGAACAUGAAUCUGAAAAAGCACAGUUUACUGGUGAUCAGUCAGAAGCAUCUAUUUCUGUGAAUGUGCAUAUUAGAAAUUUGAGAGGCUUGCUUGAACAAUUGGUGUUGAAUGUCAGGAAGGCUGAUUUACAAUUCAAUCAAUUAAGUGAAGACAGGACAGCGACAAAUCAAAGACUCGAGGAGUUUAAUGUUGAAUUUGCAUCUCAUCAGGAUCACAUCAAUCUUUUGGAGGCAGGUACCAUUGAGAGUAAGAUUUCGUUUGAAGCUCUAAAAAAUUAUUCUUAUGAGUUGCAACACAAAAACCACGAACUUGAACUUCUCUGUGAAUCGUUAAAGCUGAGAAAUGAUAGCAUUGGUCUAGAAAACACGGAGCUCAACAAGAAGCUGAAUGCUGGCAUAUCGAGAAUUUAUGAGCUUGAAAUUCAGCUGGAAAGCUUACAGAAUGAUUUGAGUAGCAUGUUGUCCUCAAUGGAAGAACAGUUAGUGGCCUUGCAGAAUGAAUCUGAGAGGGCAAUGAUUCUAGAACAUGAAUUGAAAUCAUCAAUGUCUGAAUUUGGUGAUGCAGUUGUGAGACUUGAUGAUUGUUUACUCAGAUCUAGCACUGCUGGAGCUCACGGUGGCUUAGACUUGACCAGGCGUAUGUCUGGUUCUGUUUACAUGGCUGUAAAGGUGAUUGACGACCUGGAGGAAAAACUGGAAGUUGCUUAUGCGAAGCAUGAGUCCUCCUCAAACAAAUAUGAGGAGUUGGAGCAGAGUUUCAACACUCUGCUUGAGAAGAAUGAAUUUAUAAUUGCUACAAUGCAUAAGGUCUAUGCUGAUUUGACGAAACUGAUUACUGAAUCAUGCGGGUCUGUGGAGAUGGCCAAACUAAAAGUUGAAAAUCUAUCUGUCUCUGAUCCUUUCAACGAUGGUAAUUGUGAGAAUCUGUUGGAGGCUGUGCGAAAUAUUCUUUCCGAGAAGCUCGAUCUUCAGUCUGUGAUUGAUAAGCUACAGUCGGACUUGUUGAGUAAAACAAACGAUAUGGAGGAACUGACGCAGCGAAGCCUUGAUCCCACUUCACUUCGAGAGUUAGUUGAGAAAGUUGAGGGUGUUCUGGAACUUGAAAGCGGUAGAAUUACUUUUGAAUCCCCUUGUUCAUAUGUAGAGUUUCUGGUUUCCCAACUUGUUCAGAAGUUUAUAGAGGCUGAGGACUUGGCUAAUCUCAUCAGAAAACAGUUAGAGGCCAAGGAGAAAGAGCUGAUGGAGAUCCAGAAGAAUUUACCGCACCAUAAAACUGAAAUGGGUGGUCUCAGGGAAAAUUUAAGACAGGCAGAGGAGUCCCUUGUGGCUCUACGAUCUGAGUUACAAGAAAAAUCUAAUGAACUUGAACAAUCAGAGCAAAGGUUAUUAUCGACUAGAGAGAAGCUUAGCAUAGCCGUUGCAAAAGGAAAAGGUUUGAUUGUUCAGCGUGACAAUGUCAAGCAGUCGUUGGCCGAAACCUCUGCUGAACUGCAGAGAUGCUCAGAGGAAUUGAAUUUGAAGGACACAAGGCUUCAGGAAAUCGAAGCAAAACUCAAAACCUAUACAGAGGCAGGCGAACGUGUGGAGGCAUUAGAAUCUGAGCUUUCUUACAUCCGAAACUCAGCUACUGCCCUUCGAGAAUCGUUUCUUCUCAAAGACUCUCUGCUUCAUAGGAUUGAAGAAAUUUUGGAAGAUUUGGAUCUCCCAGAGCAUUUUCAUGCUCGGGAUAUACUCGACAAGGUUGAGUGGUUAGCAAGAUCAGCUAACGGCAACUCUUUGCGUCCCUCUGAUUGGGAUCAGAAGAGUUCUGAUGGAGGUGCGGGAUAUGUUCCCUCGGAACCCUGGAGGGAGGAUGGUCAAACUGGCACAAAUUCUGAGGAUGACUUAAGGAUCAAGUUCGAGGAGCUCCAGGGGAAGUUUUAUGGGUUGGCUGAACAGAAUGAAAUGCUGGAGCAGUCCUUGAUGCACAGGAAUAACUUGGUUCAGAGAUGGGAAGCACUCCUAGGGAAUAUUGAUCUGCCUCCACAGCUAAAGUCCAUGGAAGUGGAAAACAAGAUUGAGUGGCUUGCAAGGACAAUAUCAGAGGCUACACAUGACAAGAAUACUCUCCAACAGAAGAUUGAUAACCUUGAAGUCUAUUGUCAGUCACUAAGUGCUGAUUUGGAAGUCUCACAAAAGCAAGUAUGCGAUGUCGAGGCAAAUCUUCAGUCAGUUGAUAAUGAGAGGGCGAAUCUUUCUGAAAGACUGGAAACUCUGAAUGGGGAUCACGAGAAUCUUUCUGCGAGGGCAAUUGACCUUGAAGUUGAGAACGAGAAACUGCAGAACCAAGUUAAGGAUCUGCAUGGAAACUUGGAUGAGAAACUUCGGAAUGAGGAACACCUUCAGACUAUUGAAAGAGACCUAUUGAAUUUGAGGUACAUGAUUAAUGAUGUCAUACAGGAAGAGGGCUUGCAGGAUUUGGGCUUGCAGGAUUUGGCUUUAGCAAGUAAUUCUGAGACCUUGGAUGGACUUCUGAGAAAGCUGAUAGACUAUUAUAAAAACUUGGUGAAAUCUAAUUUGCCACGCGAAAGAGAUGACAACAUCUGUGAAACUCGUCUAUCAGAUGCUGAUGUUAGAAGCGGAGACUCAUUGGGUACACAUGAAGCAACUUCUCAUGGGCGCCAUUCUGAAUUGACUGAUUCUAAUAUAGUGGAAGCAACAAGUAGAGACAUAGCAGUAGUAGAGACACCUGAUGUAGCUUCCCUAACAAAAGAUCUGGAUGAGGCACUGCAUGUGCAAAAGCUGACAAGGGAAGAAAGGGAUUUGUAUAUGGAAAAACAGCAAUCCUUGGUUGCUGAAAAUGAGGCACUUGAUAAGAAAAUAAUAGAAUUGCAGGAGUUUCUUAGACAAGAAGAGGAGAAGUCAGCUUCUGUAAGAGAGAAGUUAAACGUAGCUGUCAGGAAAGGGAAAGCUUUGGUCCAACUAAGAGAUAGCCUGAAGCAAACUAUUGAGGAGAUGAACGCUGAGCAUGGUCGCCUGAAAUCAGAGAUUAUCAACCGAGACGAAAUGCUCUUGGAAAAUGAAAAGAAAUUUAGGGAGUUGGAAUUUUACACUGUGAGGGUAGAAGCCCUAGAGUCUGAGUGCCAAUCGUUGAAAACUCAUUUGCAAGAAACAGAAAAUAUUUUGCAGGAAAGGAGUGGUACAUUGAGCAUGACACUGAACGAAUUGAAUAGCAUCAAUAUUGGUGAUGAAGGUGAGAGAUAUGACCCAGUUCUGAAGCUUCAACGAAUCUCGCAACUGUUUCAGAAUAUGAGUACAGAUGUGGCUUCUGCUGAGCAGGAAUCAAGAAAAUCUAGAAGAGCAGCUGAGUUGCUACUUGCUGAGUUGAACGAAGUUCAAGAGAGAAACGAUAGUUUGCAAGAGGAGCUAUCAAAAUUUACAUAUGAAAUUCAGCAACUUUCCAGAGAGAAGGAUUCAGCGGAGGCUGCAAAAGUUGAAGCCAUAUCACAUUAUGAAAAUUUAUCAGUGGUCAUCAAUGAAGAAAAGAAGAAGCUAUAUGCUCAACUGCUGUCAUUUGGAACUAGUGUGAAGACUCUGAGGAAAAUACUCGCGGGGACCAACAGUUGCCUAGCUGAUAUUUUCACCAUGGAUAUGGAGUUUCUGCAUCAUCUGAAGGCAUAUAUGGAAUCAUGUGCGAAGCAAACUGGUACCAAUUUGUCUGGAUGGGCUCAACUUAGUACAGGGAAUUUUGUAGACAAGGAAAUCUUUUCACGCUUGACUGCUGCCUUGUCUAACGUCAACUUGCAUGAGAUUUCAAGUGGUGGAAACAUAACCGAAAUUUGUGGUUCUCUCUCACGAAACCUUGAUCAGUUUGUAGCCGAUGUUAGCCAUCUCGAAGAGAAUGUAAGUAAGCACUGGGCAUCAUGGAACGAACAGGUCAACAUUGUAUCCAACAGUAUUGACACCUUUUUCAAGUCAGUUGGAACGGGAGCAGACUCAGAAAUUGCUGCUUUGGGUGAAAGAAUUGCAUUGCUACAUGGAGCAUGUUCUAGCGUGUUGGCGGAAAUUGAAGGCCGUAAGGCUGAACUGGUUGGAAAUGACAAUCACAACAUUAGUCUUCAUCAAGUAGAAGAGGAUUUUUCAUCCAUGGAUUCUGUCAGGUCCAUGGUAAAUAGGCUAUCGUCAGCUGUUAAAGAGCUUGUUGUAGCAAAUGCUGAGACUGUGGAGAGAAAUGAAAAGGAGAUGAAGGUAAUCAUUGCCAAUUUGCAAAGGGAGUUACACGAAAAGGAUAUCCAAAACGAUAGGAUGUGCAAUGAACUUGUGGGUCAAAUUAAGGAAGCCCAGGCUGGUGCUAAGAUCUUUGCAGAAGAUCUUCAAUCUGCAAGUGCCCGGAUACGUGAUAUGCAAGACCAGAUGGGUAUUCUGUUGCGGGAACGGGAUUCUUUGAAGGAGAGCGUGAAAGAGCUGCAAGAAGGGCAGACCUCACACUUAGAAUUACAGGAGAAGGUCACAUCGCUUAGUAAUCUUCUAGCUGCAAAAGACCAAGAAAUUGAGGCAUUGAUGCAAGCGCUUGACGAGGAAGAGUCUCAGAUGGAGGAUCUGAAACACAGGGUUACAGAAUUAGAACAGGAAGUGCAACAGAAGAACCUAGAUCUGCAGAAAGCUGAAGCUUCUCGUGGAAAGAUUUCGAAAAAGCUAACAAUUACUGUAGAUAAAUUCGAUGAGCUCCAUCAUCUCUCUGAAAAUCUUCUUGCUGAAAUCGAGAAACUUCAACAGCAAGUGCAAGAUCGGGAUACGGAGGUUUCUUUCUUAAGACAAGAAGUAACUAGGUGCACCAAUGAGGCUCUUGUUGCUUCUCAAAUGGACACGAAGAGAGAUUCAGAAGAGAUCCAAACUGUACUGUCUUGGUUCGACACAAUAGCUUCACUACUUGGUCUAGAAGAUUCACCUUCCACUGAUGGUCACAGUCACGUAAACCGCUACAUGGAGACACUUGAGAAAAGGAUUGCGUAUAUACUAUCUGAAAUAGAAGAAUUACGGUUGGUCGGACAAAGCAAGGAUUCCUUGCUGGAAGCUGAGAGGAGUAGAGUGGCUGAGCUCAGACAUAAAGAAGCAACUCUUGAGAAAAUAUUACAUGAGAAAGAAUCCCAACCAGGCAUCUCAACAAGCUCGACUUCAGAGAUCGUUGAAGUGGAACCUCUGAUAAACAAGUGGACGAUGAGUGGAACAUCGAUGCCGUCUCAAGUCCGGAGUUUGCGUAAGGGAAAUAACGAUCAAGUUGCCAUUAGUAUAGAUGCAGAUCAAGCUGAUCAAAGCCAUAGCUUAGAAGAAGAUGAUGAUAAAGCUCAUGGUUUCAGAUCACUCUCUACGUCAAGAAUCGUUCCAAGAUUCACACGACCAGUGACUAACAUGAUCGAUGGUUUAUGGGUCUCUUGUGACAGGACGCUCAUGAGACAACCUGCCUUACGGUUAGGCAUAAUGAUUUACUGGGCGAUAUUACAUGCUCUUUUGGCUACUUUCGUGGUCUAACCAAAACUUCUCAUUUCUUGGUUUCUCGUUAUGGCACGGACUCAAAGUGGUGUGUUGUUUCACUAUAUGUUUUUUUUUUUGUCUUUUUAUUCAUUGUUCAGCUUUUAUUAACCAAGCAAACUGUGGUUUCACCCAUUUUUAUUGAUCUGAAUCACAAACUGCUUGGCUUUACAACUGAAUAAGAAAAAGGAAGUUUAGUGUAGACUAUGUAGUAGCUGUUGAAAAAGAUUAGCCAGAGACUAUAAAUUACUGUUAUGUUCUAUUUCUUUUU